AUGUUUUCAUAUUCAGAUUUUUGUGCUAUCGGCACGGCCAUGAUUUUAUCAGCCACCACGUUCCUAAUGGGUGUUUUCUUCAGUAACAUGCCAUAUGACUAUCAUCUUUUGUUCAAUCCUAACGCCACUCAAGAGCAUUUCGAUUUGGCUUUGAAACAUUACCAAACUUUACAUGAGACACCACUGUCUGUCAUUGUUACUUUAAGCGUUGUUGCGGGGAUUGGUUUAAUUGGUGGUACGAUCAAAAUUUUCAAGCCAAACCCUGAAUUGCAAAUGUUUGAGUACUGUUCGUUAGGUUUGUACGUUUUGGCUAUCUGCGUUUUCCUUACCAACGUGAAAACUGGUAUUGAUUGUUCCGUCAGCCAUAAGUGGGGGGAAGUUACCGAAAAUCAAGGUUUGGCAGUUAUUGCUUCAUCCAACAUAAUCUUACUGGUUAUGUUUGCCGGUGUUAUCAUCCUGCAAAUUGGCUUAUGGUACAGUAACUGGGAUCUGCAAAAAAGGUUAAAGAAAUUCUAUGCUGAGGAAGAAAGAGAAGCCACCAAUUCCGGUAAAAAGACUGAAAAAGUUGAAAAAGUGAGAAGGAAUGAUACCAAAUCCAAGGGUGCACAGAAAAGAAAACCUGCUAAAAAAUAG